AUGGAGCCGCCCGCGGUGACUUCAUGUAACUCUCAAAGCUCCUCCAAUGGACAAAUUACUUUUAGGAUGGAAAAGGUACGACGUCAGGCCGCGGAUUACCUGCAGAUAGAUCCUUCUAGUACAUUCAUAAACAAUGCUACUCGAAACUUCGAAGAUCUACCAGAAAAUUUCCUGGACACUAUCAGUCCUCAACAAAGUUCGCAGUCGUUAGGACAACUGAUGAACGAUCAUGCGAACAGUCCGCAGCUUGCGCCAUUAGCUCCUAUGAGCAUAGGCUCGGAUCAGAGUGGCCCAUACAUGAUGUCAAUCGGAAGUCAAUAUCAAGAGCAGAUUCGGCAUCCUGUGCUAGACAAAUCAAGGCUCGAUAGCUUCGGCACUGGACCUGCCGGCCUGCUUUCGCCUCUCCAUUUGGACAGUCACAGCCGUCGACUUGCGGGAAAUUCUGAAUUCGCUCGACAUGUUUACAUCAAGGAUGGAAAAGGUACGACGUCAGGCCGCGGAUUACCUGCAGAUAGAUCCUUCUAUCCUCAACAACAGAAGCUUCGCAGUCGUUUAGCGCAACUGAUGAACGAUCAUGCGAACAGUCCGCAGCUUGCGCCAUUAGCUCCUAUGAGCAUAGGCUCGGAUCAGAGCUUCGGCACUGGACCUGCCGGCCUGCUUUCGCCUCUCCAUUUGGACAGUCACAGCCGUCGACUUGCGGGAAAUUCUGAAUUCGCUCGACAUGUUUACAUCAAGGAAGAAACAGACCCUCUUGAUGCGGCUUCCCAUCACCUGCUCAUGCAGCAACAAAUACCUUUAACCUCUCAGCAGCAACAACAACAGCAGGAAUUGGAACGCAUUGCGCAGGCUGAAACACCCCCAGCUGUGAGCAAUGUGGAGUUGGCCUCCACCAUGAUUGCCAGUCUCAUAGGGGAGCAGCGCACAUCAUCUCCGUCCCCGCAAAACUACUCCGUAGGUGUACCUCAAUCAACAACGGCUAUGAUGCAGCAGCGAAUAGCAAAUAUAAAGCGAGACACGGAAGACUCUCUCGAGGGCCGCUCGAACGGAGAUGAUGCGGAUCUAGAGUUACAGAGGCAACAGUUCUCACAAAAAGCGGGACGCCGUGUGUAUUCUACAAAGGACAGCAACGAUCCACUCAAUGCUGAAAUCGAUGACGACAUUUACAUUGACACGAAAGAGUUAUGUAAAAGAAUAGCUUAUGAGUUGAAACAACAUUCCAUUCCACAAGCAAUCUUCGCUGAACGUAUUUUGUGCAGAAGCCAAGGAACAUUAUCUGAUCUACUCCGAAAUCCUAAGCCGUGGAAUAAGUUGAAGUCCGGCCGCGAAACGUUUAGACGGAUGUUUAACUGGGUUCAACAACCGCUUGCUAUGCGACUGGGAAUACUGGAUAUGUACAAGCAAGAGGGAGAUGAGCAGUCACUCGUCGUGGGUGGGAAACCACCCGCUGGAUGUGGGAUGUCCCCUCCAACACCUGCUCAGAACGUGCGACAUGCUUCUCGGCGAAGCCUUGGUGACUCCGACCAGCCUUCAAAUAAGCGUCCCCGGCUUGUGUUCACAGACAUACAGAAGCGAACGCUGCAGGCUAUUUUCAAAGAGACACAGCGUCCUUCACGCGAGAUGCAGCAAACCAUUGCUGAACACUUGCGCCUCGAUCUCUCCACAGUUGCGAAUUUCUUUAUGAAUGCUCGUCGACGGAGUAGAAUUGGCCCAAAUAGUGAUGAACCGCAGCCUUAUCAACAGGUGCGCCCAAUUUCACCACCGCCAGAUUCUCCUCCUUCGGCUAAUGCAGGAUCCGGUCCGAUGGGUAAUGGCCCGCCUGCUUCCCAUCCGCGCAAUCGAAGGCAGCCCGCUAGCAUGCAACAUGUGGAAGCUACCGUAAGAGGCCAUUACUAUUCUUUCUUGUUUACCAUGAGAUUUCAACGUACCAGUUGA